CAAAUAGGCGCCAACAUUUGAAGAAAAGUAAAAGAGAACAAAACAAACAAAAAACACACAGAAAUUAAUGACUUACUAGGUUUUGUAUGCCGUCCUGUGGAACAGUAGAACUGUAAUUUUUACCGAUGUAUCGGCAUCGCGAUGAAAGGUUUGCGAUUUGUCAAGGCUUGCACGGUUAUGAUAUCUUUAUUUCCGGGUUUCAACUAUGCCCUACUACAUGAAAGGGACAAACCACCCCGCAAAGGUUGCAGGGUUGUAGAGGAAAGGGCUAUUUACCCUCUGCCUGGAUUUACCCCCAUGAAUGGACCAGAGGAGAACGAAACAAGUUCUCUAUCCAGCUUCGUCCAGGAGUUUGAAACCUUUGCCGAAGAGGUAAAGGAUGGUAUCCCGGAGGUUGACAGUAGAGGAAGGAUUAACCAUAGAAAAGAAUCUGAAGAGCUGGACUCAUCAACGACAGAAUCUCGACACGUCCAUCGGGAACCGAAAGUGGACCUUCAGCCGUUGUGCGGUGCGUUCGCACCCCCUGCACCCCCCUGGAUACGGGCCUGGAUCUACUGCAACUUUCAAAAGAGCUCAAAAUCAGCCAGUUACAAUGCCAUAAGCGAAAACUUGUCGCUCAGGUCUGACAAGCAAGUUAGCUUCAUCAAGGCCCUCCUCACUCCCCGUACUCCGUAUGAAGAGUUUCACAGACUAUUCAAGGACGUACCCAAGGAUCAAUUCCCGAUAAACGAUUUCUCUUGCGCGCUGAGUCGAGAGAUCUUACUGCAAGGUCGCAUCUACAUUAGCCAAGACUGGGUUUGCUUCUACUCCAAUAUCUUCGGCUGGGAAACUCAGGUUACGAUUGACUGCCGAAAGGUACUCUCCAUCACACGCGAGAAGACUGCGUAUGUUGUCCCAAACGCUAUACUUAUCACUACCGAGGACGACAAGCAUUUCUUCUCGUCGUUCCUGUCGCGAGAGACUGUGUUCAAGCUUCUGCUACAAGUAUGGGAGGAGAAGCUCAAACAGAGUUCGGGUAAAAUUCCGCCAAACAGCAGUCAUGCCGAUUUCAAGGAGUGCCUUGGAGGGGAGAUGGACACUGUUCUACAAGAAGGCGUGGAAGAAGGCGAGGAGUGUGCUGCCGCCGAGUGCAUAUCACAGAGCGCAGAUUUACCAGAGCGUGUGCUUGAGUAUUCACCAAACGGCGACAGUGGCAUAUUCGACUGUCAAUCGGGUUUCAUAGCAACGGAGGGUGCCUCUUCAGCGGAGUUGACGACGUCAGUGCGCGCGACAGGUUCACCGCUGGCCGAAAGCGAGUUGCCUGCAGACUCGAUUUCUCCAAGGCUGUCGCCUUAUGAUCCGGCAAACGUAGCUAUCUUUAUCGCGUCCAUAGCUGAGAUGCUCUUUUCCUACUGCCAAGUUAGCUUUAGACUCAUUAAAAAAUUAUCGCGAGAACAGCUGUUUGCUCUGCUUACUACAAUUUUGAUGGUGUUAUUGUUAUCGUGUAGCGCGUUCCUGUUAUACCGGUUAUCUGUACUAGAACCCAGGCUCCUCGCGCCUCCUCCGCCACCUGUCAAAGCUUAUUUACACCAGUCGAUACAGCAAAUUAUCAAACUUAGAAAACAAGUCCACGAAGCAGAAGUUUCUAGAGUAAGAUCGAUAGUCUCAGCAAAUCUAGAAGCGAUAUCUCAGAUACGAGAAACCCUUGAGAUGCUGCAAGAAGAUCUAACCAAUCGCAUGGCAGAAAACUGUACGGUCUUGUCUAAUAACAGCACAGUUUGUAUACGAGUUUGAUGUCCCGGAUAUAGGUAGCAAAUCAGAAUUCGCUAUUGAUAUUAUUAUUAUUAUUAUUGAUAUUACUAGGUAGUUUUAAAGAAUGAAAACUAUUUAUUCCAAACAAUCGGUUUUAAACAAUUCUGAAAACAUUUAUUGAAGUUAAAAAUCAUAAGCUAUAUUGAUAACUCACUUGAAUAAAGUGAUACAUUUUAUUCGUUGGGUUUUGUAGUAUAAAGCAAAUUAUAUUAUCGCAUUAGGUUUUAGUGUUUCUAUUGUUUUUCGUUUUAUAAGAAUUUAUUUCGUUUUAUAAAUAUUAAGAUAUUUUAUGUUCCAGACAAAGCAUUUUAAUGUAGAUAUGUAAAAAUGAGAUUUUUCCACUCUUCGUAUACUAAGAUAAACCCUUUUCUAUUUCCUAACUCAUUAUUAGCAAAAUGAAAAAUAUAUAUAAUAUUAUUAUUUAAAAAUUGACACAAGAUAAUUUAUUGGAUUUCGCAUGAGAUUGAUCGCGUGAUAAUAAUGUUUGUAAAUGUUUGGGGCUUGUAUAUAUUUUUGCAUGCAUCGAGUGCAUUUUGUAAAUAAAGUUAUAAGAACAAAAAUAGGGAAUGUACGUUAGGUAAAUAGUCACCGUCAGCUGAAUCAUGGGAAACAUUGACAAUUGGCAAAAGAAUUGGCAAUUUCGAUUGCUGAUCUUACCCAGAGGCAAAGGGCUCUUUGUUGCAAUGAGAUUUCAGUGUUAGGCUCCAGGGCAGUUAGUAUUGUAACGAUGGUUAGUAAAGUUGUGUAAUGCUGGCGUUACUGUUGAAAUAUCGUUAACUGCUGGACAGUGCGAGGAACAGAAAUAAAGCAAAGGUGACAAGA